AUGAAUAUCACAAUUUUAUUACGGCAUUCUGGAAUUUGGGUAAGCGAUGUUAAUUAUGAAGGUUACAAGGUUGAUGGAAUUGUCGUUGGAGAAUCAAUUUCAUUUAUGAAUCUAAAAGCGUUGAUUUUAACAGAGUUGGAGAUCAACAGUGUUAGAAAAGAUAUUGAAAUUCGAUACAUCUUAGAGGGCCAGUUGUAUGAGGAUAAAGGAGCACUCAUCAAUGUAAUGGCGAAAUAUAAAAUAAAGAACAACUUCAAUUUCAGAGUGAAAAGAUCGGAUAAAAAAAGCUAUGUGUUAGUUUGCUUCAGUGAUGAAUGUGGGUGGACUUUAAGGUCUUCGUGCAGAAAGAAAUCUGAUGUAUUCAAAGUGAGGUACUUUAACAGUGAACAUACGUGUCCGAUGCGGGAUAUGAUACUUACGUAA